UUAUUUUUGUUCGAACGGAUGAAUUGCUAAGUAACUAUAUAACCAUAUUUCUGCAAACAAAAUCUUCGAACAAAUAUCACAUUUUCUUCUCCUUCAUUCUCCAAAUAGAAGAACCUUCUAAUCUGUGAUCACAAAUCAAUCAGAGAAGCAUGGAGUUGUGGAACAAAGCUCGAAGCUUUGCAGAAGAAGCAUCGAAACGAUCACAAGACCUUUCCUUGAAUGCUCACAAGUUCACCGAAAUCAUAGCAGAAACCACCAAGGGGAUCGCGGCACAAGCCCAAGCUUCCAUGCACUUGGCCGAAUCUUCAUUCAAUAAGGAUGUCGAUAUUGAUCUUAAUCUUGAGAGUUUCGGUAUCACCGAUGAAUUGAGGGAGUUCAUCAGAGGAAUCACCGUCACUACUUUCCGAGAUUUCCCUCUUCAAGAUGAUACAGAACUCUCUGAUGUUCCUGCAGUUUCAAAUAUUAGGCAGGAUCUAACCGAGUGGCAGGAAAAACAUGCCAAUCUUGUUCUUUCUACUGUCAAGGAGAUUUCGACAUUGAGGUAUGAGCUGUGUCCACGUGUUAUGAAAGAGAGAAAGUUUUGGAGAAUAUAUUUUAUACUUGUGAAUAAUCAUAUUGCACCCUAUGAGAAUCGGUAUAUGGAAGAUGCUAAACUAAAAUCAUCCGAGCGAGUUAAAGAUCAAAUAGAAAUGAAACCAUUAGAAGUUGAAUUAACCUCUAAUCAAGAAGUCAAGGAAAUAAAAAAAGAGACCAAAACAUCAAAUUCAUCACGCCAGCAAGACUUGGAUGCAUUUCUUCUAGGAGAUACAGAAGAUAGUGAUGAUGACCCAGAUUACGAUGAUGGUGGAUUUGAUGAUGACUUAGACAAACUGGAAGAAAGUUCGACUUGCUUGAAUAUACAGGAAGAUGAGAAAGAAAAGGCAUAGAUGUUUGGUUGAAAUUAUUGGGUCACAUUAUUGAAAGUGGUUGCAACAUGCCUCAGAAUAUUCAUGAUGAAACAAGCCUUCUUAAUUUCUUAUUGUGUUUGUGUCACACAAACGGUGCCUGACCUGUUCCAUGAUGAUGAUCACUUAAUUUAUUGUUUCAACUUUCAACCCUUCCUUGCCCCUUUAUUUCACAUGUUACUAGUUUCUCCAUGCUCAGAAAUCAAGAUUAAGUAGUGAAUAAUUUUGUUAUGCUCCAGAAUACAUUUUUCUUUUAUAUGUAUAUAAAAUAUAUAUAAAAUUUGUUUUAUUCUUUUGAACAAAAAAUGACUAUGCUAUGUGCAAAUUGCUAACUGCUACCUGGUCUUAGUGCGAUCCAACAUUCUCCACAUUCUGAUUAACCGUAAAGAUAAUAUUUUGAAUGAAAUUAAAAUGUCUCCCACUUUCUCCCAAUUACCAUACUAUAUCUUUAUUCAAUUCUUAAUCAUGUGUUUCAAGUUAUUAUAAUCAAAGUGUUGUUCGCUUCUAUUUGGCGCAUGAAACAUUCAUUAUAGCCUUUUCGUGUCACGUUUUCUGAUUGUUUACAUUUAUUAUCAUGUAUUUAUUUCAUCCAUAUGGCAUAUAGUUGGCCUUCAUGGAGGGUUUUUAAUUGGAAAGUUGAAAAUAUACCUGCACUUUUCCCCUCUCUUGGGUCCCACUUUAAUCAUUAGUGCUAAGAUUAUUAUUUAAUAUAAUAAAUAAGCCUUUUUGUUGACAUCAUUAUUAAUUAACAUAUGUGAGGCUUGGUUUGUUUAUUUUGGAGGCAUUAACUCUUAUAAUUAAUCUUUACUUUAUU